UUGCCCUCGCCGCGCGUAGACUUGUGGGUAAUUUAAGGUGCAAAGCAGAUCAACACGCUGAAGGAAGACUGUGGGUGGAAAAAAAUAGCUUCCGCAGUUACAGUCAGCCGACGAGUCUAAAUGCUUCCUGAGGGGACAUAGUUGUUCACUCCUUUUAGUUUUGUGGCGCAAGCUUUCCCAAACAGUUGCGCCGCUCGGCCGGUGUUGUGAUAAUUAGCGCAACAUGAGUCUGAACGAGCAUUCACUGCAAGCCCUGUCCUGGAGGAAGCUGUACCUGAGUCGAGCCAAACUGAAAGCUUCAAGCCGGACAUCAGCUUUGCUCUCCGGAUUUGCCAUGGUCGCGAUGGUGGAAGUGCAGCUCGACAACAAAUACCCAUACCCACCUGCUCUCCUCAUCGCCUUCAGUGCCUGCACUACUGUGCUCGUUGCUGUUCACCUGUUUGCUCUGAUGGUCAGCACCUGCAUUCUGCCUAACAUAGAGGCGGUCAGCAACGUCCACAACCUCAACUCUGUGAAGGAGUCUCCGCAUGAGCGGAUGCACAGACACAUUGAGCUGGCGUGGGCUUUUUCAACUGUGAUUGGGACUUUGCUCUUCCUCGCCGAGGUUGUUCUGCUCUGCUGGGUGAAAUUUCUGCCCAUUAAGCCCGACCAAUCCAACAACAGCACCUUCUCCUCUGGUGUGGCUGCUGCUAUUACCUCAACCUCUAUAAUGGUCCCGUUUGGUUUAAUCUUCAUAGUCUUUGCUGUGCAUUUUUAUCGCUCGCUGGUCAGCCACAAGACUGACAGACAGUUUCAGGAGCUUGAGGAACUGUCUAACCUCACCAGGCUUCAAAACGAGCUCGACAACAGAGGGGAAUCUUCAAUCUUACAAUCGCCAAGCUCCCAGUUCCCAUAGACAAAUACCCCGAUCUGUAUUGGAACUUCCCGAGAGGGCAGACAUUUAGGAAUUACAUUUUUACAAGAAAGAUCUUUCACCAUUUGAAGGUUUUACUUUUCUUUUUUAGAAGACACACUUUAUCUUACUGUGAUCUCAUGAAUGCGUCAUAAUGCAUGUAGCUGGAAAUCACAAAGUUCUCAAUGUGAUAGUAGCCUGAUAUUACCACUCGUUAUCAGAUAUCCACCCACCAUUUGUUUCCUGGUUAAAACAUUAUUCUGAUCUUUUUUUUUU